AUGCUUGACUCUUUGUAUGGGGAUCUGCCUCCUCCGACGAAGGGGGAGGGUGUGGACAAGAGCGCAACCACACCUGCUCCUAGUGGCUCCUUGCUAGGGUCCCUUUAUGAUGACCCGGACGACCCUGCGGAGGCUUCCACAGCUACAGGUUCUAGCUCAGCUAAACUUCCUGGCGCCACUACGGGCACAGCAGUGGCUGGUGCUUCUGCAGUUGCAGGUUCAGCAGACGUUUCUAGCUCAACAAGCGCUAUGUGGGCGGCUCAGCGAUUGAAACUUCUAACCCCGGCUGUUGUGCGACGACAAACUAUGGCAAAAGCAGCACCGAAGUCGUCUCCAUCCUUAAACGUGCAAGCUGCUGCAGCGGAUGCUGCUCUUGUUCUAGAAAGGCUCAAGAAGUUGCAUGCCGGAGUCUUGGCGGAGGAACAAAAACCGGAUGGUGCUGCCUCGCGGGCUGUUGCGUCAGCUGCAGGAAGUUCUGCCAAAGCUGGUGAUGUCGGAGCAGGAGGAGCAGAGUCGAGCCAUAAUGAGACAGAGCCUAUCGUUAAUGUAGUGUCUGUAACUGUGGGAAGCAGCAGCCCUUUAGACCCAACAACAUGGGUUCCCGUUGGCCUCUGGCCACAAGAAUAUGAUCCUUCAAAGCCCAACGAUUACACUGCCAUACACAAAGAAAAAAUGAGGCAACAACAAAGGGAGGAGCUGGAAAGAUUGAGGCAGCAGGAAUUAGAAAAGCAGAAGCACGAUGAGGAGGCUGCUCGAAAUGGUGCAGCAGGUGACGGCGGAGAAACGGUGACCUCCCCUGAGCCUCAGGCCCCUCUCCUCCCCUCUUACAUCGAUCCCAACAAGAAAACUUUUGCUGCGCGCAUGAUGGAAAAGAUGGGCUGGAAGCAGGGAGAGGGACUUGGCGCAAACAAACAAGGAAUUACUGCUCCUCUCGUGGCAAGGAAGACAGCCAUGAGAAGCGGUAUUAUUGUACAGGGUCAGGACGUAACGACUUUAGGCCAAGUACCCCGGGCAGUGACAUUCAAUAUGGCUCCAACGCGCAUCCUUUUGCUGCUAAACAUGGUUGGUAGGGGUCAAGUGGACUCAGACCUAAAAGAGGAAACGGAAGAGGAGGCAGCGAAGCUUGGGAACCUGCUGCAAGUUCGUAUUUUCGAAGCUGCUGGGGUGCCAGACGACUGCGCAGUGCGCAUCUUCUGCGAGUAUGAAAGAAAGGAAGAAGCAACAAGGGCUUUGCUGACUUUCAACGGGCGCGCUUUUGGCGGGCGUACUGUUAAGGCAAAGUUUUACAGCGAAGAACGGUUCUCAAGAGGCGACUUACGCCCGGACCCCGAACAGGAAAUAGACCAACACGUCACUGUGACCAUAUAG